UUCAUUCCUAUUUGUAACUUCUCAGGUUCAUGUCAGCAAUUUUCUUCCACACACUAAAGGCGAGAAUCCAUCCACACAUUCUCUUCCAAUUCAACAACCGUUCAAUAUGUUAAAGGAUAGUGAUUUCUAUUGUUUUAUACCAAUUUUUUUUUUACUCCGAUGGGUUCAUAAUGGUGCUUUCUCCCAUGUCUUUUCUAGUGUUGAUUGUAAUGCUAAUCCAUUUUAAAAUAAACAACGUGUGGAUUAUGGAGUUUUUGAUGUUGCAUAUUUGGUAUGAUAAUUGUCUAAAAUUUUGAAGCAAGAAAAUAUGGUGAUAGCAAUUUUAUAUGAAAACUCAUAUUGAUUCAAUGGCAACCGUACACGUGUAAAUACUUCGUUUUCCAAUUAAAUGAGAAAGAUCUUGAAGAUCAAACAGAUUGGAUUCUUGUGUAGAUAGAAAAUAAAUGGAACAUAGCUAAUUCAACAUUAUAUAGCUGUAGCUUAUAACCUCUCAGGGUAUUCAUCAGAAAAAAAAAUGGAUAUUCUAUCCACCAUAUUCUUCUUGAUAUUGUUUCCAACACUCAUUCUCUUUCUAAUCUUCUCUUUUCUUGCAAUCAAAAUCUUCACCGGAAAAUCCAUCAAUAAUCCUGACUAUCCACCGGUGAGGGGCAGUGUUUUCAACCAGCUUUUAUAUUUGAAGUAUCUUUAUGACUACCAAACCCAAGCUGCCAAGAAACAGCCUACUUACAGGCUACUUGCUUUUGCACAAAGUGAAGUAUACACGACCGAUACACGAAACGUAGAGCACAUAUUGAAGACCAACUUCGAUAAAUACACGAAGGGUAAAUAUAAUCAAGAAAUUUUGUCAGAUUUUUUGGGACAAGGGAUUUUUGCGGUGGAUGGAGAGAAGUGGAGACAGCAGCGGAAGCUUGCGAGCUUUGAGUUCUCGACAAGAGUUCUUAGAGAUUUUAGUUGCUCUGUUUUCAGAAAAAAUGCCGCCAAACUGGUUAGAGCUAUUUCAGAGCUGGCUGUGUCUGGUCAAGCUUUUGACAUGCAAAAUAUAUUAAUGAAAUGCACGCUGGAUUCGAUGUUCAAAGUUGGGUUUGGCAUAGAUUUAAAUUGCAUGGAUGGUUCAAGUAAAGAAGGGAAUAUAUUUAUGAAGGCUUUUGAUGAUGCCAAUGAAAUGGUGUACUGGCGCUAUGUUGACCCUUUUUGGAAGCUCAAAAGGUCCCUUAACAUUGGCUCUGAAGCCGCUCUCAAGAAGAAUAUCAAAGUCAUUGAUAAUUUUGUUGACAAUGUUAUUAGCACCAAGAGGAAACUACAGGCCAUGGAACGAGAUUUGAAUGUCAAAGAAGAUAUACUUUCAAGAUUUUUAGUGGAAAGCGAAAAGAAUCCAAAAACAAUGAAUGACAAAUACCUGAGGGAAAUAAUCCUCAACUUCAUAAUUGCCGGCAAAGACACUUCCGCGAGUACUUUGUCUUGGUUCUUCUAUAUGCUCAGCAAGAACCCUUUGAUACAAGAAAAAAUUGCACAAGAAGUGAUGGACAUCACUUGUGGUAAAGUAAAUGAUGACAAUGUUGAUGAUUUCGUUACGACCACAACCGAUGCAAACCUCGAGAAAAUGCACUAUCUUCAUGCUGCAAUAACAGAGACCUUAAGGCUGUACCCUGCAGUCCCCGUUGAUGGAAGAUGUGCAGAGGUGGAUGACAUGCUCCCCGAUGGCCACAAGAUCAAGAAAGGAGAUGGAGUAUACUACAUGGCCUAUGCCAUGGGUAGAAUGACUAACAUUUGGGGAGAAGAUGCUGACGAUUUUCGACCAGAAAGAUGGCUUAACAAUGGAGUUUUCCAGCCUGAAUCGCCUUUCAAAUUCGUAGCAUUUCAUGUUAGUAUUCUUUUUUCUACCAUGCAUGUAAAUAAUUGUCGAUCCAUUUUAAUUUUUUUUUUCUUGGCUGCUGCAUUAUUUCAGGCAGGUCCUCGAAUUUGCUUGGGCAAAGAUUUUGCUUACCGGCAGAUGAAGAUACUUUCAAUCGCCAUUCUUCGCUUCUUUCGCUUAAAAUUAGUUGAUGAUACGAAAAUUGUAAAUUACAGAACAAUGCUCACGCUUCAUAUGAAGGAGGGCCUCCAUCUUUACGCUGUUCCUAGGACAAUUACAUAAUAUUAAUUAUUAAUGUAGUAUUUUGUAAUAUUAUGUAAUUAUAUAUAUGGACA